AUGAAUUUGCUACAAAUAUGGGACACUGCUGGCCAGGAAAGGUUCCGGACAAUCACCCAGAGCUACUACCGUUCCGCUAAUGGGGUUAUUUUGGUGUACGACAUCUCAAAGCGGUCUUCCUUCUUGAGCCUUCAACGAUGGAUUGAUGAAGUGAGGAAAUACACAACUGAAGCAUUACACAUGGUACUUAUAGUCGUCUGGAACGUGUCUCGACCGACACGAACCGCGAAAGUGGAUCCCCUGCAGACGGAAGCGUACUGUCGGAUCCGGCCUGUUCCCCCGACUCUGUCGGAUGCAUCCCCGGACUCAGAAGUACUCCUUGCUGAGCCGGCAAGGGGUGAAACGAGCACCGACUCACCGAUCUGGGACUCCGGGCUCGGAGUGAAGAGCGGGGUGGAGUGGAGCCAGGGCGAGGGGGUGGUGGCAGCCUUGGCCACCUGGCGGAGGACGUGCGACCAGAGCGACACCUGCCGUUCCUCCGAGGAGGAAUCCUCCAUCCGGCGGGAGCCGAGCAUCAUCUUCGUGGGGCGGAGGGGGUCGUAG